GACGUCGCACGCCGCAAUCGCUGGUUAUAUAAAACAUCGCGCGGAAACAUGCUCAGCACUUGCGGUGGUGACAGUACACGUUUUUUAUGUAUACGUUUUUAAAACACUUAUAAACUGGUGGCUUAGAAGAAUCUAGCCUGAGAAAAGAAAAAUAUUUAGUUUGUAAUUUCGAAUCAGAAAGAAGAAUAUUGAGUUACAAAGGAGAAGGUUCACAGAUACAGAAUGAAACUGCUAAUAUUGGUGCUGGGUCUCCACCUGGCCAGCGGGAGACCGACACUUCAAGACCUAGAGAUGGUUGACGACACGGAAUCUGUGGGGUCUUACGUGAGAGAAGUCAGGGCGGCUCCGCCGGAAAACUACCACAAAUCCUACAGCAGCGAUGGUGACGGUGAGAUCGGGUAUUCCCGUAAGAGGGGAGGCGGGGGGAAGAAGGGCUACCAGCACUUCGACUCCUACCACAAGAAGGCGGGAGACAACUACGAGUUCGAGAAACAGGACUCGUACGGCCAGGAUGACGAGGGACACGACGCGGCUCACAGCCAUCCUCACGAGAUAAGAGCGGAGCGGUACCGUGAGUCGAGUGAUGAAGAUGAGCACCAUGAACACGAGGCAGAAGAGAAACCAAAGAAGAGACAUGAGGAACUCAGAGAAGGGGACAGCGACGGCAAUGGCGGCAAGGAAGCGUACGGCCACGACCCCGCUGACUACGUGCUGCCGGAGAAAUACACGUACGGCUCCGGGGAGGAGUACAACUUUUAAAAUAA